GCCAUCUUCACCGGUGGUGCCGUUCUCCAUCAUCUUCCGGCAAUACCUCAGGGGGGUCUGUACUGUGGGCUGUCUACAUCUGUACGCAUAACAUACUAGAAUUUCCCCGAUCAAACUUCGAAUCUGGGAAUCAUCUGCUCCUUCCGUCUGAAUAUCUAUAUAUGCAUCUUCAUAUCAAAAUCAAACCAGUCAUUGCAUUACUCGCGCAUGAAUUGAAUUUCAAAUGGAGUUCAUUUGAAUUCCGUGCUACUAGAAAUUCCCGAACAAGUUGACGGAGCCUUUCCCUUUCAUUUUACUGAUCUGCAGGUCGAAGAUGGACAUAAUAUCGCAAUUGCAAGAGCAUGUGAAUUCCACGGCAUCUAUUGCUUUUAAUACCUUCGGAACUCUUCAGAGGGAUGCUUCUCCGGCCAGAUUAUCGGCUAAUUAUCCGGAACCCCCUCCGGCUGCUAAGCCUGCCGAUGCUGCUGCUACUGCAGCUGCUACGACUGCUAAUGCCGUGGAGCAAUCCAAGCUCAUGGCUACUGAACUUGUCAAAGCUGCUAAACAGUUUGAUGCAUUGGUUGCUGCACUCCCAUUAUCAGAAGGAGGGGAAGAAGCUCAAUUAAAAAGAAUUGCAGAACUUCAGGCCGAGAAUGAUGCAGUAGGCCAAGAACUUCAAAAGCAACUGGAAGCUGCAGAGAAGGAGCUGAAGCAGGUUCAAGAGCUGUUCAACCAAGCUUCCGAUAAUUGUUUCAACUUGAAAAAACCAGAUUGAAGUGUGAGUGUGCUUUAGGGCUCAAGUGUCGAUUCGGAAUGUCUAAAAUGGUAAAUUGUUUGUGGCCAACCUUUGUCGCGUAAUUUUAUUUUCUGUUCCCUUUUAUGGAUGAUGACUCCAAGUUAACUUCACAUUUCAAGAAAAUGAAAUUUCAAGAAGAGAAGUACAUCAAUACCUCUACUCUGGGACUCUAUGAGACAUUAAACAAUGAAGGAUAAAUAAAGUUAGAAAGUCAACAGAAAAAAUAAAAAAGAUUAACAUAAAUAUGAGAGUUAUUG